GGCUGCCUCCUGAGCCGGCAGCAGCUUGGACAUGGCGGGGCCCCUGUCCUGCCCCGCUCCCGGGGCGCCCGGCGCGGCCCCGCCCGCCCGGCAGCGGCGGCGGCGGCGGCGGCGGCAGCGGCUGGACCGCCCCGGGGAGCGGUGGCGGUGAGACCUCCCCCACACCCCCAACGAGCCGCGGAGGACCCGGGAGGAGCCGGCACGACCCCCGCCCCCUGAGCCGGGGAGGGCGCGGCGGGAGGCAGGCGGCGCGGCUCCAAGUGCGGUCGCGGGAUGCGCUCCUGGGAUGGGCCCCCGGUUUGUGCCCCGAGGGUAUCCCCUGUGUCCCUGGAAUGCUUUCUCGGGAUUUGCCCUUUGCCUCCACCGUAUGCCCUACCAUGCACCCUAGGAUAAGCCAAAUAUCCCCAAUGUGCACCCUAGGAUCUGCCCUGCGACGUACCCUGGGCUGUGCACCAGAGUGCACCCCGUGCCCUGCUGUGCACUCAGGGGUGCACUCUAUCCCCCGCCUUGCCCCCAGAAACGUGCUGUGUGUCCUGCAAUGUGCCAUGCACACCCAGGAUGUGUGGCAGGAUGUGCUGGGCUGCACUGUGUAGCCCUGGAUGUGUCCCAGGAUGCGCCACAUGCCCCAGGAUGCAUGUUGGGAUGCACUCUGGGAUGUGUCUUGCCCUCCAGUAUGUGCCCCAGAAUGUGCCAAGGGCUGUGCCAUUAGCCUUGGGAUCCCACCGGGCUCUGCUGUGUGCCCUAGGAUAUGUCCCAAAUUCUGUGCCUCCUUGGCUGCUCCCUUCCGGCCUCCCAGCCCAUGUCACAAGGGUCUUCCCCCACUGGUGGGGAGUACGUAGGGUGCUGCAUCACUGGGGUGAUGGACUGCAGGCCCUUUGACCCCCCCCAUUGUAGCCUAAAAUUGGCUCUUAAAGAAACCUGUAAGAGUCAAUUUGUGAGUUUUAGAAGCCAGGCAUUCUUUAUUACAAUGCGCUGUAUAAUCACAGCACUGCCCUGGGAAUCAGUUCAUCGAAGUGCACACAGAGGUGUCAUCUUCACUACAGCUUAUAUGUCAGCGUUACAUGAUUAUUCAUUUUUCGUUCCCUGCAUUCUUGUUGCAUAUUUAUGACAUUUCUCAACGCUUUUUAGCAUGCAUACAUAUCCUUAUAAGGUCUUUGAGGGGCUUCAUUGAUCUCUGUUGGUUGUCUAUGUCUGAAACCCCCAAAGUUCUAAGUAACUGCCUUAUGAACUUCAAGACAAUACACCUGGUUAUAGAGGAACAGGGUGUUGCUUGGCUGGCUGUCUCAGUUCCCUUCUUCAUUAUUUCUUUACUUUGCUUGGUUAGCCCCUUUAAAUCACUUGGCUCAGCUAUAUGUAGUUUCUAUGGUACAUUCCGCUGUAAAAAUUGUUAGUUCUUGUUGCAUCUCAAAACUCAGAUAUCACCAUCAGCUCCAGGGCUGACUGGGGCUGCAGGCAGGCAGGGGACCAUCCCCACAGUUUCACUGCGGAAAGGGAAAUGGCUCAUCCUGCUACGAGGACACACCAGAGUGUUAGCCAUCACCUGUGGUAGGGCCAGGUCUCUGCCCAAUCCCCAUAUUCCCAUGUCCCCAUGCCAGAGGAGCAUGGGCAGCCCUAGAGCCUGCCCUGACAGGUUGCAGGCACUUGCAGCCACCUUGGGACCUCUCUCCAGGAGCCACAUCUGCCUCACAUUCCGAGAGACCACACAGGUUCAGCUCCUGUCAUGAGGACUGGAUGCCACACGCCAGCGACAGCCAUAGCCAGCGUCAUUCUCGGCAUCACCCCUGCAGCUGUCAAAGGUCAGGGCUGCCUGGCCAUUAAUCAUUGCUGGGAACAGCCAAGCAUGAAAAGCUGUGCUGUUCACAGGGCUGUUUUCCUUUCAUCAGCUACAGCCCCCAAGCACUUAAACAUAGAGCAAAUAUUUGGCAGGGCAGGGUGAGGUUCUGGCCCAUGGGCUGGGGACCUUGGUGAGCUCUGGAGCACUGAGAAAGGCCAGCAGGAUGCUUGCAGGGGGCUGAGCUCUCUCUUGUAUUGCUUGGGUUUCUUGGCAUCUGUGAUCAUACCAUUUGAGUGAUGGAGGAUCUGGUGACAGGCACUUUCUCAUGGAACAGAGCUCCUGCCAUGGCACCAGGCCUCACUUUGCCUGGGAACCCCCCAGCAGAGCCCAGCAAGGAGGGCAUUUCAGAGAACCUCAGCUCUACAACUUGCUGUUGCCAAGGUGAGGGAGAGGAGGGAGGACUGGAAGCAUAGGAGUGUCGUUACUUUGCAUUCACUUUGGCCAAAGGAGCUGCCAAAGGGCAGGUUGACAUCGCCAGCAAGGGACAGUCACCUGGGAAUGGGAGCUGGUAGCAUUGGUAGCACAGGCAUCACUGUUUCCCUGCCCUGGGCGGUGCAGCACUGCCCUAAUGCCACGAGUUGAGAUGUGAUAGGAGCGGCCACGUCAGCUGAUGGAGACACUGGCUAUAAAACACCUGCUGGCCCCAUGGUGGAGGCACAAGGGAGCCCACCAUGGCCAACGUGGUGCCUGCCUGCCUGCUCCUGGCCCUGAUGCUCCUGGCCCCAGCCCUGUCAGCACAGCAGGAACGAGGGCUCAUCUUCAACUUGGACAUUGGGGAGCUGUGCCUGCAGAGUGUCCAGUGCAAGAGCGGCUGCUGCCACCGGACCAGUGGCCUCAGCCUGGCUCGAUGUGCACCGAAGGCAGCUGAGUUCCAGGAAUGCACCCCAAGGAACAUCUAUGAGGUCUAUUACAAGUGUCCCUGUGAGAGUGGCUUGACCUGUGAUGCUGAUAAGACCAUCGUGGGCUCCAUUACCAACACCAACUUCGGUGUCUGCAAGGACCCCCAGGGCUUCUACAGGUGAUGGUGAAGAAAGAGACCCCAUGGAGUCCCUGCCUUUCCCCUUCCCAGGGAUGCCUGGAUCUGGCUGUGGGAGAAUCUGAAUAAAG